AUGAGACUCUCCCAGACACUGUUCAGAUAUAACUACAACCCUUUGACAUGUCCAAAAAUUAAGGGCACAGUGCAGUUUGUUGGAAAUAGAACCCAUCUUCUAACUAGUUAUAAAACCAUUGUAACUCCUUGGUUCAUAACAAAUGGAUCCAAUCCUCCUCUCACCUCGAACUUUGUACCCUGCAAAGCAAUAUCAUUCCCUACCCCCUCAGCUGAGGGUGAUGCAGAAAUUGUUGACAACCCCACUAAGGAUGAGGUUUCUGAUGGAGUUUCCAAGGGGAAGAGCUUCUGGGGUGCCGUUGGUCUGAUCGUUGGUACUGCUGUGGGCCCUGGAAUGCUGGGUUUGCCUGCUUUGACCAUUAAAUCUGGCCCAUUUCCUUCAACAAUCGUAAUUCUUGCCUCUUGGCUCUAUGUCAUUUCCUCAAUCAUGAUUGUUGCUGAACUUUGCUUUGAUUCCAUGGAGGAAGAUGGGGUUGAAGAGGUGAGCUUCACAAGCCUUGCAACGAAGACAUUAGGAAGUGGUUUUGGUGCAUUUGUUGCUUUGGUUUACUCCAGCUUGUCUUUUUCCUUGUUGGUGGCCUGCGUUGCUGGUAUUGGAUCCAUUUUCUCUCCAUGGUUUUCAGGGGUUAAUGUUUUGCUAGUUCAUGCCUUGUUUCCUAUUCUUGUUGGAACAUUGAUUGCCUUUUUCCCAUUUAAGACCAUUGAUGUUGCGAACCGGCUAUUGUGCUUCCUUAUGCUUUUCUCUAUAACUGGACUUGUUGCUAUUGGCAUUUCUGUGGCAAGAGCUAACAUAAUAAGCUCAUUUGCUUUAGCCUCUUGGAAACUUUCAUCAAUACUUCCUAUUAUACCAGUGGCUGUACUCACAUUGGGGUUUCAUGUCAUCACUCCUUUUAUAUGCAAGGUUGCUGGGAAUACUCUACAUGAGGCUAGGAAAGCAAUACUCAUUGGUGGGGCAGUUCCUUUAGUCAUGGUUUUGUCAUGGAAUUUGAUUGUGUUGGGGCUUGUGGGGACUAAUAGCACACCAGCCACUUCUGGUGACCCCAUAUCCCUUUUGCUUUCUGUGAAUCCAUCUGCUUUAUCAGCAGUUCAAGGCUUUGCCUUCUCUGCUCUGGCAACUAGCUUGAUAGGAUAUGCUGUAAGCUUGCCCAAACAGCUUCUUGACACUUUGGAGGUGGUAUCUCGAAGGGCCACAGCUUCGAACGAGCAUAAUAGUAGUGGAAGUGUUGGAUUUGCCUUUUACUCAGGAGGGUCUUGUGUUGGUAAUUCAGGGAAGGUUAGCUUCAAAGGUUCAAGAAAUGAGACUAUGGUUGGAUCUAAAGUGAGAUCAAAUGAGCAAACAUCUAAUACAAUUAAAGUCCUUGUGACACUCUCCCUCCUUGGUUUCUCAGUGCUGAUAGCUUCAUUUUUUCGCUCUACAUUUUCAAGAGCCCUUGAUUUUGCUGGGGUCUAUGCCAAUUGCUUUCUGUUUGGCAUCAUUCCUCCUGUGAUGGCUUACAUCCAACAAUCCAAGAAGAAAAUCAG